AUGGAGGAAAUUUAUGAAAGUGCUGAACAAGUCAUAUCCUACAAAAGACAACAUUCAACAAAUCACACAGGUCCAACGAGCUGUUCAUAUUUAGGUGUUACUACCUUCCUGGGGCUGCUCAGUAUUUUCCUGCUGGUUAGACUCAUCAUCCUUAAUGUCCACUACAACAUGACUGCGUUACUCAAGACCACCAACAACAAACUCUCCUCCAUGACUGAGGAGAGAGACCUACUGAAAGCUGAACUAACUAAAAUGGCUAAAGAGAUGGAAAGGCUUCAGAUUUUGUCUAAACAGAAGAAAACGUGUCCUCAAGGGUGGAAAAUGUUCAGUUACACCUGUCAUUUCCUCUCUGAAGCAUCUGGUUCCUGGGAUGAAGGCAGACAGGACUGUAGAAACAGAGGAGCAGAUCUGGUGGUGAUAGACAGCCCUGAAGAACAGACGUCAGUCGCUGACUUCAUCAAGAGAGAUACUUGGAUUGGUUUGAAUGACAAAGAAGAGGAAGGGACCUGGAAAUGGAUUGAUGGGACUCCAGUGACUCUGAAAUACUGGGCUUCAAAACAACCUGAUAAUGGAGAUCAAAAGUGGGGGGAAGAAGACUGUGCACAAUUCUUAAACAGACACUCCUCUCCUUGGAACGAUGUUCCAUGUUCAAAAUCUCUGCCGUGGAUGUGUGAAAAAAUACCAUAACGUUGUUAAAUUAGUAAAUGUUUUAUAUAUUCUACACGUAGAAUACUUGAUACAUUCUG